AGAUAAGUCAAUAUACGGCAGAAAAGGAGUUUGGGCUGCCUGUGUAUCUUAGAUCCCGCUGACCAUGAUGAUAGAUCGCCGGCUCAGUUGGUCAAAGCGCGGGAAGAGAUACGCCAAGAUGGAAGUCGAAAUAAGAGCAGCUGAAGACUUCCUGUCUAGUUUUAAGACCAGUGCUAAUUCUGCCAUUAACCUGAAACUAGUGACAACAGAAAAUGAUAUUUUUGAUAAAGGCAAAGAAUUCCACCCAGAGUUCACACACCAGUUAUUUGGCGAUAAUGAGACUAUCUUUGGAUACAGUGGCUUGCAAGUUCAGCUUUACUAUCAUUCUGGAAGCCUUCUGACAUACCUUGGAAUGACAUACGAUUCAGAUGUGAAUGGCAAGCUCGAAGGAAUAGAGGCUGAACCUGUAUUGAGUACAAUUGCUGAACAACUUCCACCAGGUUUUUGUACGAACUUGGAUGACUUCAUUGCCAAGCUACCUUCAGAGGGGAAGUUUCGACCAAUGGGAGAACUUCUCUAUUCAUACCGUCAUAAUGAAAAGGAUUAUGAAGUCUACUAUGCUGAUAUCAAAGUUCCAAAAUUCAAAGAAUAUCACAGUAGAUUGCAGACAUUUCUCCUCUGGUACAUAGAUGCUGCAUCUUUCAUUGAAACUGAUGAUGAAAGAUGGAACUUUUAUUUAUUGUUUGAGAAAAAGAAAGUAUCUGGUGAGACUGAGUACAGCAUUGUUGGCUAUAUGACAGUGUAUCACUACUAUGCAUAUCCAGAUAAAUUGAGGCCCAGAAUAAGUCAAAUGCUUGUUUUGCCUCCUUUUCAAAAACAAGGCCAUGGAGCCAAACUAUUAAAUACUGUUGAAGAACAUUACAUAAAGGAUCCAAGGGUUCUUGAUAUCACUGUUGAAGAUCCAUCUGAUUAUUUUAUUCGCCUUCGAGACUACGUAGAUGCCUUGGCUUGCAGUAAACUUCAAUGUUUCUCCCCUGAUUUACUGAAAAAAGGGUUUACUGCCGACUUGGCAUCUGAAGCCCAGAAAGCAAGAAAAAUGAAUAAGUUGCAGUGUCGUAGAGUAUAUGAAAUCCUCCGGCUCAAAGCCACAGACCGCAGCAAUGCUGAAGAGUACCAAAACUACAGACUAGACGUAAAAAGAAGACUCAACGCACCUUAUCAGAAAGAAAAAGCUGAUGCAGAUAAGUUAAAGAAGGUUUUGUCAGCCGAGGAGAUGAGUGCAACCCUUCUCCUUCCAUCACCUAGUGAACAACGAAAGCAUCUUGAACAACUUUAUGAAGAACUUGAAGAGUGUUACCUCAGAACCAUUGAACGAAUCGCUGCUUCUUAAUUAUGAGCUAACUACUAUUUGAUAUCCUCAUUUAUUGCUAUGACAAAAUGAAACUAUGUAUAUGCAGAUAAUGCUUUGAAUGCAGCCUUCUUAAAAUUGUCUUGAAUGCUAGGCUAACAUGGAAAAACAAAAGAAAUGCCACAAAUUUCAUUGAGAAAAAGUGUGAUUUGUCUUGUAUUUUCACGUUAGCCUUGCAUCCACGAUACUUUUAAGAAGGGUCCAUAUAUCUCUACCUAAUGUUUUGCCCAUUAAAGAUCAUGUGUCAUUCCUUAGAAAACUCAUUAAUAAUUCAUGAAGAAAACACAAUAGAAAUCAURACCAUGAAGGU